AGAUGAGCGACUCUUCCAAGAAAGAAGUGGACAUUCUGCUGCCUGCAGAGCUGAGGAUCGUCCUGCUCGGGAUGGUUGGAGUUGGGAAGAGUUCUUCAGGAAACAAAAUCCUGGGUCAGGAGAACCUAUUUGACUCAAAGCCCGGUCUAUCUGCUGUCACAGAGAAGUGCCAGAAGAAAACGGGGAAUAUUAACAACCAAAAUUUGGUUGUUGUUGAUACUCCUGGUCUGUUAAGCAUUGACAAAACAGAAGAGGAGAUUCUAAGAGAGAUCAAGACAUCCAUCAAUCUUGCCGAACCUGGCCCUCAUGUGUUCCUGAUUGUGCUGAGUGUGAAAGAAAAAUACACAAAGAAAGAAGAAGACAUGGUGAAAAGCAUUUGCGAUACAUUUGGCAAAAACACAAUGGAUUACACUAUGGUGUUGUUCACCCAUGGAGAAGAAGGUACCAAGAUAGAGGACUUUUUUUCUGGCAAUAAAAAUCUCCACAAGCUAAUCAAGAAGUGCAAGUAUGGAUACCAUCUUCUUGACAGUCGUCCCGAACAGGUCCCUGAGCUACUGAAGAAGAUCAAUGAUAAAGUUCAGGCAGCAGAAGGAAGAUACUACACCGCUGAGAUGCUCCAAGAGGCUGAAACUGCUUUACAACAACAGGUACAAAAUGGCCCAGAAGGAGGAACCCAACCCAAUCAAGCUGCUAUUCAAACUGCAGGUUAUUCUGGUAUGGGUGUUGGGUGUCUGUUUGGGUAUCUUGCUGGUGAGGGUCAGAUAACGUCUACCAUAGGAGCAGCACUAGGAGCCGUAGGGGGUGGACUCCUGUGUGCUGCAGUGGCAGGUAUAGUGAUACUCGCCAAAAAAAAGUGCAAAUGCAGCAACACAUGUUGUUGUCUUGUUUAAGCUGAUCAGACCAAUUCUUAUAAAUGAAAAUACUGUAAAGGGGGAAAUGAUGGUGUGGUUUGUAUAUUUAGUUAUUUCUGUUUUGUUUUAAUGCCUUUUAAUUCAAAGUAGCCUAUGUUUAAUAAACAAGGGCCAUUCUCACAGUAGGUGAGUUAGCUACGUUUGCUGGUGAUUGGUUGUGUGCUGACCUAAACCUUUUAUGUUUCUAGAAUAAUAAAUGAUAUCAACCAGUUUAGAUGAAUGUAGAAUAUGCACAGUGUUUGGGCUCUGACCUCGUCAUCCCCAAGAAGGAAGUGAAUAAUAACUUCCACGCUGACAGUCGUCUUUUAGAUACUAUACUCAACACUUUUCUAAUACAACAGCCUUCAUAAAGAAUUUAUCAGUUGUAACUAACAGCUUUAAUAGUUAAUGUGUUGUAGAUCCGUUGUGUGUCACUAAUAGGGACAACAGUAGGGUUGCCAGGUUGUGAGAAAACCUGCUCCAGUGUUUAUCCUUUCUAUGUUGUAAUAAUUAUGUUGUACAUUUUGGUAAAUUCACUCAUAAAUACUCAUUGGUUUCUCACUUUUGAAUGAGCUGUUAAUUCUGUGGUUAUACAUUUUAUUAAAUGGAUUUUAAACCAAACAUUUGUUUCAUCAUUUCUAGAAAACAUCAGGGAUUGAUUUAAAAUGAGUCAUGUAAAAAUAGUAAAAAAAGCACGUACCUAUGUCAUGGACUAAGGUCCAUGAAAGUGAUUGUUGACUUUUGGUUUCCAAACGAGAUAUGAAUUCUGGCCUCCAGAAUGAAAGUCCUGUGUUUGUUUGAGCAUUUGCUCCCACAAUAACUACCACGAGAGGUUAGCACCUAACAACAAAUGUAAAUAUGGGGCUUUAUAAGUAGCUUGCACAAUCAACCUACACAGUCGUAAUCUGGGUGAGGACAGUCUGGUGAUCAGAAUGUGGUACCCUAAAUACUGUGCAAAAUAUUGGAGGAAAUUACAAAGGAAAAUGUGACUCUUUUGCUUUGUUUUAUUUGUAUUAUUAUAUAUUCAGCUGUUAAACAUAUGUAAUUGCUUUGUUGAAUGUAACUGGUAUGGGGUAAAAGUGUGCAGCUGGUUUAUGUUAAAAGAGAUGCUCUUUUAUUACUCAAAUAUUAAAUAUUAAAAAGACUCAGAUCCAAAUCUGGGACAAAAAACAUAACUGACAUCCCUACUUCAAAGUUAAAGUUAUUUGUGCAGCUUUAAACAAACAUUUGACUGUUCAACAAAAAAUGUCAAUAACAAUAAUAAUAGGUUGUGGCCCCUGAGCCCUUCGGCCCUUCGGCACGUCUUUCGGGUAAUUCAUCCAUGUUGCUAUACACCAUCAUUUUAGUGGAACCUGUUUCAUUUACAACAAUCAACAAUCAUUCAAUUAAUUCUCACAAUUUGUGUUAUUACGGUCAUGGCUAACCCAGAACCUCAGUGGCCCCUAUGGCUCCAGGUUGUCUUUGUGUCUUUUAUUUUGUGGUAAUUUGAUUGAUCAUAAAUGCGUUUGCUGAUAUACACCAACGCACAAAUACAAACUGGAAUACUCUGGGCCUGAUGUGUUCCCUGCAUUUUUGCACAAUAAUCAUAUUGUGUUAGCUGAUCAGCAUGUCAUAAUCCAGAUGACAGAGAUCUAAUAAGUAAGUAAAGUUUGUUUAUAUAGCACUUUUCACAGAUAAAAUCACAAAGUGCUAAAUUGGAAUACGAUAAAUAGAAGACAUAAGAAUACAAAGGAAAACAUAGGUACAUAAAAUCAGCAACUUAAAGAGAGCGGCAGUGCGUUCCACAUCCUGGGUGCCACUGAUUAAAAAGAUCCCCUCUGGUUUUAAAUUGAGUGCUGGAGACCACUAACAACAUCUGACCUGAUGACCUCAGACUCUGGGAAUAAUACACUUUUAAAUAUAAUUAUAUUUAAAAUGAUUGAUUACAGAGAAAGUUAAAGGGCUGUCAUAUUCAAGUACAGCCACAAAGCAUCUCUUUCUACAUCUAAACAAGCUGCAAACUUGUAUUCAAUGUGCAUGUAAACCAAGAACAGUGUGUGUAAAACUCUGAACUAUAUAUUUUAAAUGUGUGAUAUACAGACGGUCCACUGAAAACCUCCAAUGGACAUUGAAAUGAAAACGGAGCCUUGAUGGAGUCGUGGUGCAGCCUGAUCCUGUAGACAUAAUGUGUUACUGUUCUGAUUUCAUAUGAUAAUGACAUAAAAUAUGAUCUUGUUGUUUUUCAUUGUGUCUGAUUUUCAAAAUACUUAAUAAUUAAACCAAAAAUA